GAUAAUUGCAUAAUAAUUGCUCAAACUACAGGUUUUUCCGGCACCUAUUUCGCCCAGAAGAUAGUACAAUCAAAAAUUCGCUACCCAAUCAAGUACAACAUACUUAUCUCCUCACUGGUGGCCACCGGCGUGUCCUACCAAAUCACAUCGACACGGACUAAAGCCUGCCAAGCGGCGUGGAUGGCCUUUGAGGACAAGCAUUCGGUGCUCAAAGAGAAAACCUUUUAACACCUUCAAAAUUCCAUUUAGCUUUAGUCAUGUCUGCUCUACGAAUAUUGGCCCGAUUUGUCAGCACUAGGACUCUGCGAAUUCGUCCGAUUCUGGAGAUUCCCGCACGCUGCAAGUACACCCAACAUCAAGGAGUUAAGGGCAUUCGGAACAGGAAGAGCUUCUUCGAAGCCCAAAUUCAGGCAGGUCAACAAGGUGAGGAGGAUGCGGACUUAGAGCGGACAGCCAAUAGCGAUCUGGCGGAUAUGCGGUUCUUGGAUGAUCGAGCCUACGACGAGGUGGCUGGAGGAGCCAUGAGAAUCACACGUGACAUAGCCAGCUCUCAGCAGGUGCUCAUCCUCCAACCGUAUGUAAAAUGGGCAGCCAAACGACAGAACGCACCCGUCGAUGUUCGGCCCGAGGAUCAACUCGCGGAGGCCACAGCGCUGAUCCACUCCCUGCCCAAUUGGCAGGUGGCCAGGGCAUUAAAGGUUCCCCUCGAAAGCCUCGAAAAGAAGACGCUUUUCGGCAGCGGCAAGCUGGUGGAACUCAAGGAACUGGUCGCCGAAUUGCGGCAGGAACGGCAUCUAACUUGCCUGUUUGUCAGCAAGGGGACACUAUCAUUCGCCCAAAAACGUUUCCUGGAGGCGGAGUUUCGCCUGCCAGUAAUGGAUCGCUAUUCCGUUGUUAUACAGAUACUAAGACUGCAUGCCACCAGCGCCGAAGCAAAACUGCAGGUAGCCAUGGCUGAACUUCCUUACAUUUGGGCGCAGGCUAAGGAUGCCAGUGUUACGCAGACGCGUCGUCAGGGCUACGCCUUGACCGAUCUGCAGAAGGAGAUUCUGCGAACCAGGGAGCGAAAGUUGCGAGCGGAAUUAGAUCGUGUCCGGCGACAGAGGCAGUUGCUUCGCCAGAAAAGAAAACAGCAAAAUUAUCCCAUCGUUGCAGUGGUGGGUUACACAAAUGCUGGCAAGACUUCCUUGAUCAAGGCACUCACAGUCGAGGAUGCACUGCAGCCCAGGAAUCAGUUGUUCGCAACGCUUGAUGUGACUGCUCAUGCUGGUUGUUUGCCAUGCAAUCUGGAGGUGAUCUAUAUGGACACGGUGGGCUUUAUGUCCGAUCUGCCAACGGGACUGUUUGAAUGCUUUGUGGCCACUUUGGAGGAUGCCAUGCUGGCGGAUGUAAUAGUCCACGUCCAGGAUCUUUCCCAUCCGUGUCACGCUGCUCAACGCAGCCAUGUGGAGGCCACGCUUCGUUCUUUGGCAUUCAACGUGGCUGGCGGAGAUUCCACGGCCAGCCAGUUGCCGCCGAUCAUUAAUGUGUACAACAAAUGUGAUCUUGUUUCCCAAGAGGCUCAGUCGUCUGCAGACCCAGUGCAUCAUAUAUCAGCCAGAGCACAGACUGGGCUGGAACCCCUGCUAGAUGACAUCGAGCAACAGAUAUUGACCGCCACCGGGCGAAGAAAACUUCAGAUGCGAGUGCCCAGCGGCGGUCCAGAAAUGGCUUGGCUGUACAAAAACGCAGCUGUGGUGGAAACGACAGCGGAUGCGGAGAAUCCCGAACGCCUCAUGAUGCACGUGGUUAUCAGCCAACGCACACUGGAUCAGUUCAAGCGACAGUUUUGCCGAUGAAUUUAAAGUGCCAUGGAUAAAUAUCUGAGGCGCAACUGGCACCGACUAAAUGUUUAUUAUUGCUCUCGUUUUUUUUGUUGGUUUAUUAGCGGGUGUAGUUAGGACUGGUUUUCUUUUCUUGUUUUAAAUUCUAUACAAAUAUAAAAGUAUCUGCCGAAAACUAAAACGAAACAAUCUCUAAAAAUAUUUUUUAACAUAAUAUUUGUAUUGUAUUGCACUUCUCUGACAUUUUUGUGCUGUGGUUUUCUCUAGGAAUAAUCGAAACUAAACCCUUGUGGGAUCAGUUUUCGCAUCAACCAUUUUUGUUUAUAUAACUAGGGCAAGUUUUUUUUAUUUAUUUUUCUUUGUGUGGUGCUGACUUCUCUAUUGGCACAAUGGAAUAUUUAAAAAUAAUGCAGGGUUGAUGAGCAUAAACAACUUAAAAUACAGAAACUGAAACAAACUUAACACCAGCUUAAACCUAAAGUAACUUAAAAUUAAACAAAAAUGCGUUCAACACUCUAGUGUACAAAUUAAAAACCCAUUUAUGCGUGUGAAAAUUG